AUGACAGAGCGGCGUUCCCGCCCUCCUAGCAUCUUGCUGGAGCCACCCCUAAAAGGGAAGUGGAUGGCAGCUAACUUUCGCGUUAUCUACGGCGUCCUACGGUCUCGAACACCCUCGCCAAUACCCCGGACACGCGUAGAGAAAAUUGACAAUUCUCCAAGCUACGGCGAGGUUCCUGGCUCCCCUGCGUACGAAACAAGGGGAUUGGACGCUGUUCCAGAUGAAAUCGAGAUUCUCGGCAACGGACCACCCAGCAGACCAGGGUCAAGGGCAAGCACAAGAGCAACCUUAGACCCAAAGAUGGUACCGCGAACUAUUGUCGAGAAAAUCGAUCCCAGUUCACCGAGCUACGGAGAAGAGCCAGGAACACGCGCCUACGAAUCUCAUAAAGCAGAUUCUGCGCCGGAUAUGAUAUUUAAAAUACAAGAACACUCGUCUCAACCCUGCAUUACAUCACCUGAUCAACCGCAAAAUAGCAGCACUGAGGGAAGCCCGGUUCCGGAAACCAUGCUUUGCCGGGUUGAAUCUCCAGGUGAACACGAUUUACGACGCUCAUUUACUGCGCACCGACGAGGCCCUAGUGAUUCACUUCCAGAUGUUAUCCAGACAGUUCCAGACGUGCCAGGGUCUCCAAACUCUUCGACGAGUAGAUCCGAGCAUCGAAGCCAUGUCCGACGGAAAAGCUCCUUAACAGAAAAACAGACAUCUGACGAUCGUGCUGCACAUGAUCCCUCUGAAAAUGAACCUGAUGAUCAAGCCCUUGGUGACGAUUUUUAUGACUUCGAUGGAGAGGAAAAUGCUGAAGAGGAUGAUUUCGGUGAUUUUGGAGAAGCUGCAUUUCAACAACCAACGGAGGUUGUCAAUGAGGAUACGGGUCAAAUUACCAGUGUCCCCGUGCAACAACCUCCCUCACCCUCCCUUCCGACCCUUUUAGACUUCAACUCCAUAAAAAACCUCCAAGACCUUCUCACAGCAACAUGCGACCAACUCAACUCUUUGUUCCCCGGCUCCGCAAAUCUCCCAUCCCUCCCACCCCUUUCUCCCAUCCCAGACUCCGACAUAUUCAUCACUGAACGUUCUCGAUCACUCUGGUCCCAGCUUGUCUCACCACCUCCCCUCCAACCUGCCAAUUGGACAAAGUCUCACAUCCGCCGUGUUUUCCUCGUCUCCCUUGGCGUCCCUGUCGACCUAGACGAAAUCCUCCCCGCAUCCAAGCAGAAAAAGCUAGUGCUGCCCUCAAUAAAUUUAGAGGGCAAUUCCCAAUCCUCCUCCAACUCAGCUACCGGCGCUCCAUCCUCCGCUAGCAAAGCGAAAAGGGAUGGCCAGGGGCGGUCCUCGGGGCCUCAUGGCUCAGGUCGCUCUACAUCACGUAGCCGUCCACCGCGACGUCGUGGACCCGAACCUCCUCCUGAACUGGACCUUUCAGCCGUCCGUCGCCUAUGCGCCACCACGGAUGCUGCCCUGGAUAACUUUGCAGACAACGAGCUGCGGCAGCAUAUCUCCUGGUUGGAGCAGAUGACCGUACGUGCCAGCGAGGUAUUGGAGUACUGGUUGAAGCGGCGCGAUGCGCAGAUUGGAGAGAAAGAGGCGUUCGAGGGUGUUAUUGAGAACCUGGUCAAACAUGCUAGGCAGGUGAGGAAGUAA